GCUGUUUCUCCUUUCUAUAUGAACUCAAAUGAGUUCUCUCAUCCUUCAAAAUAUCGAAACAAAAAUCUCUGUCUCAGCUCGCAGAUUCGUCUCUUUCCUCGCCACCAAUGUCGAAAACCCAUCAAGUUUUCGCGGCAUCCGUGAAACGGAAACCAAUUUCUCUCCUUUUGAUCCUUUUCAGUUCUUCAAUAUCUCUACCAUGUCAGGAAUGUGCACUCUCAGAAAUACCAAAAUUAUACAUGCUUAUUUACUCAAAUCACUUUUGUUAUAUUCUGAUAUCUUUGUUGCGAAUUCCUUACUGGAUUGUUAUUGCAAAUCUUUUGCCAUGGUUGAUGCACAUAACCUGUUUGAUGAAAUUGCUCACCCAAAUCUUAUUUCUUGGAAUAUCAUGAUUUCGGGUUACAAGCAAAACUCUUUCUUCGAAGAGUGCUGGAAGAUUUUUUGUAAGUUGCGUUCUCUGGGCUACAAUCCUAACCAAUUCACGUAUGGGAGCGUUCUUUCCGCGUGUUCUGCCUUGCAGGAUCCAAUGUUUGGUAAGUUCGUUUAUUCACUCACAAUAAAAAAUGGGUUGUUUUCAAAUGGUUAUGUGAGGACUGGUAUGAUAGAUUUGUUUGCGAAAAAUUGCAGCUUCGAGGAUGCUUUGAGGGUGUUCAGUGACGUUUUAUGUGAAAAUGUAGUUUGCUGGAAUGCAAUUAUUUCUGGGGCUGUUAGAAAUGGGGAGAAUUGGGUCGCCUUGGAUCUUUUCUGCCGAAUGUGUCGCAAGCCUUUGGUGCCAAAUAUUUACACAUUUUCCAGCAUUCUAACGGCUUGUGCCAUGCUUGAAGAACUUGAGAUUGGAAAAGGGGUUCAAGGGUGGGUUAUUAAAUGCGGUGCAGGGGAAGAUGUUUUUGUGGGAACAGCUAUUGUUGAUUUUUAUGCCAAAUGUAGAGAGAUGGGUGAAGCUGUUAAUAAAUUCUUGAGCAUGCCAAUACGAAAUGUAGUAUCAUGGACUGCCAUUAUUUCUGGUUUUGUUCAGAAUGAUGAUUCUGCUUUUGCACUCCAAUUUUUCAAAGAAAUGAGAAAUACAGGGGAUGAAAUAAACAGCCACACGGUUACUAGUGUACUUGCUGGUUGUGCUACACUAACUAUGGGCAAGGAGGCAAUUCAACUCCACUCAUGGACAAUCAAAACUGGGUUCUAUAUGGAUUCAGUCGUAAAGGCUUCUUUGAUCAAUGUGUAUUCAAAAAUCGGAAAAGUUGAUAUAUCUGAGACAGUUUUUAGAGAGAUGGAAAGUUUGAAAAACCCAAAUACUUGGGCUGUAAUGAUUUCUGCUUUUGCUCAGAACCAGAGUUGUCAAAAGGCAGUCAAACUGUUUCAAAGAAUGACUCGGGAGGGUCUGAGACCUGAUCGGUUUUGUAGUUCUAGUCUUUUGAGUGUUGUAGACUGCUUAUAUUUGGGGAGGCAGAUCCACUGCUAUAAUAUUAAAACUGGUCUAGUUUUUGAUGUUUCUGUGGGCUGUUCUCUCCUGACAAUGUAUUCAAAAUGUGGUAAUUUAGAGGAAUCUUAUGACAUCUUUGAACAAAUUCUUGACAAGGACAGUGUUUCAUGGUCAUCAAUGAUUGCUGGCCUUGUAGAAAAUGGCUAUGCAGAUCGGGCGCUUCAGUUGUUCAGAGAGAUGCUCUUUGAAGAAAUUAUACCUGAUCGAGUGACUUAUAAUGCAGUUUUAAAUGCAUGUUCUGCUCUUUAUUGCUUGCAUAAAGGAAAGGAGGUUCAUGGUCAUGCUGUUCGUACAGGAUAUGGCUAUGAGGUACUUGUUGGCAGUGCAGUUGUACAUAUGUACUCAAAAUGUGGUGUCUCUAAUCUAGCAAGAAGGGUGUUUGACAUGCUGCCCCAGAAGGAUCAAGUUUGUUGCUCUUCCUUGGUUUCAGGAUAUGCCCAAAAUGGCCACAUUGAAGAGGCACUCGUGGUGUUCCAUGAAAUGUUGAUGGCUAAUUUUUGUAUCGACUCUUUCACAGUUUCGUCUGUACUUGGGGCUGUCGCCACAUUGAAUAGACCAGAUAUUGGUAUCCAAUUGCAUGCUUGCACCACAAAAUUGGGCUUAAGUUCAGAAGUUUCUGUUGGUAGUUCACUUGUUAUGAUGUAUUCAAAAUGUGGAAGCAUUGACAACUGUUGCAAAAUUUUUGAUCAAAUUGAAAAACCUGAUGUGAUUGGAUGGACUGCUAUGAUUGUGAGCUAUGCUCAACACGGUAGAGGAGCUGAUGCUUUAAGAGCUUAUGAGCUUAUGAGGGAGAAAGGAAUAAAACCUGAUUCGGUAACUUUUGUUGGCAUUUUAUCUGCCUGCAGCCAUAGUGGUUUGGUUGAAGAAGGCUAUUUUCAUCUGGAUUCAAUGACCAGAGACUAUGGAAUUGAGCCUGGUAAUCGUCACUACGCUUGUAUGGUUGAUCUUCUUGGUCGCUCUGGGAGACUAGAAGAGGCUGAAAGGUUUGUUAACAAUAUGCCUAUCAAGCCGGACGCUUUAGUAUGGGGAACAGUACUUGCCGCGUGCAAAGUACAUGGGAAUGUUGAGCUUGGAAGGCUAGCUGCAGAAAAGGUUAUCGAGUUGGAGCCAUGUGAUGCUGGACCUUACGUCUCCCUAUCUAACAUAUGUGCAAAUGUGGGUCAGUGGGAACAGGUCUUGGAAAUCAGAAGCAUGAUGAAGGGAACUGGGGUGGUUAAGGAACCUGGAUGGAGUUCGGUCUGAGGUGCAGGGUGGAGUAGUUGGUAAAUUUUCCAAACUAAGAUUUUGAUCUUCUGGUACAUGCACACUUGCAUUAAUAAAGGCGGCAGAUGACAAAACGGUAGAGCAUAAUAGCUUAAAAGGAUAGAUUUAUUUUCCAUGACUUCAUGUACUGUUUCUUUCUUGGCCAGUUUCUAGUUUUUGUCUCAUUUUGGUAGGCAGAGUUUCCAACACUAUAAAUCAGGCUUCAUAUUUUUAUUUUUAUUUCAAUAAUAGGCAUUUGGCGCCUACAAAUAUCCACUUUAUCCGAAUUUAUAACUGUAAUAGCCGAAUAGCGAUUGUUGGUAUAUAAAAUUUUCAUCCAGUAUAUGAAUUUGAUUAA